GAUGCUUGUGUUCAUGUUCAUGAACGAAAUGCUACAGAGUUCGGGGCUUCCACGCGGGCUGGUGAUCGACAUUAUUGCCAUCUCCGGGCAUACCGAAGCCUUGCACGUUUGUAAUGUCGGCCUCGGAUAGUAUUUUCGUUGACUAGCCAACCCGUCGGCUUCGAGAUGGUGCUCUUGACGUUACAUGGACCGUCGUCCUUGCGGAACCUGCUGGAACUCGUCGGAAAAUGUUGCACGCGACGACGAGCGAUGGUCAACAGGCUCUGCUGGAGGGAAUUGGCACGCAGAUGGGUUCGCUCCAAGUCGGAACCUCCUCACGCUCGUGUGUUCUCCGAGCCGAAAUUCCAAAACAAUGUAUCGAUGUGGUAUUUGUUGUAUCGAUGGAUAGUAUCCAUUGUUUGGAUAUCCAUAACUAUUUGCUCAAUUUUGGAGCUCGGCAGUUACACUCCCAGAGGUGAUCGAUACAAGUGGGGCAUCUAUUUGACCAAUUGGGGUUUAAGUAUAUGUACAGUGCAAUCGUUGUUUAGUUUGUACUUGGUAACGAAAAGGUGGCGACGACAACGAGUGGCAGGUUUUGAUCCACAGUUAAUGAAAUUAUCCUUAGUUAUAAAGACAUAUUGGUAUCUAGUCACCGUCUCAUCCAACUUAGCUAUUAGUAUAUCGAUAGUGUAUUGGGGAGCGGUUUACAAUCCAAAGGAGAAUAGAAACGACCCGCUCAACAUAUCUACGCAUGUGUUUAAUUCUAUUUUCAUGAUCAUGGAUGUCUGUAUUACUAAUAUCCCCUUGAAUUUCAAGUAUUUUUGGUGGGCCACUAUCGUUGAGAUACUGUAUGCAUUUUUCACAGUAAUUUAUCACCUGGCUGGAGGUCACAACAAUUUAGGUAAACCAUAUAUAUACUCGAUCAUUAAUUGGACGAAUCCACAGGUAACGUUGCUAUGGAUUGUCAGUACGAUGAUCAUGUCAAUGAUCGUACACUGCCUACUAUGUUGCCUAACUAGGAUCAGGGAUAGAUUAUUUUUCAAUAUCGAUAGGCGUUUGGAAAGAACAUUUCCUGUUUCUAACGACCAUCCGUCCUCCCUCGUGAAAAACAUAGGAAAUAUUGUAUAAAUGAUUGUAUUUUUGCACUUAAUGCCUUUGGAAGUUCCUAUGAUUAAGUGCUCACUUUUUUUUUAUAGCAUCUGUUGCAUAACUGCUCAAAUCAUAUAAAACAAUUAUAGGCUGUUGUCAGUAUUUGCGAUAUAAUUCCUAGGACAAGUAUUGUAUAAGCGCUAAUUUCUACGAUUACGUUAUCCAACUGCAAUUUUCAUUUUCUCAAAUACCAUAGUAUAGCUUAUGUAGAAGUCAUCCAUUUUGUUGUUAACUGUAUCGUACAAUAUUACCUUAAAAGGUCAAACUUUUAUACGAAAAUAUACCAAAGUUCAUUAAUAAAACUAUUGUCCAUAACCAUAUCAGAAUUAUUAUUCAUGUAAUCUUCAAUUACAAUUGAAAAGCAGCUACGGAGUUAUGAAAAACGAUGGCACAUUUUCGGAAACGCAUUUGCGAACUGUUUCUAAGAAUAUUCAUUACGAGGUAGAAUUUCCAAAAAUAAAAUUCCCAU